CGCACUGUGUAUUUUAUGCGCGAACCGCGAAAUCGUAAUAAAAACGAAUAAUCGAAUAAUAAAAAGUGCAUCUUCCUAAGAAUUAGGAAAAAAUAGUGUUCACCACAAUGGAAUCAAACCUUUAUAACUUGUGCAACGUGUUAACUGUGUAUAGACAAUCGCUAACCAGUAUUUUGAAUAAAAUUGACGAAGAGAUACAUCACGCCGUAAGCAAUUACGAAGAAACACACACACCAGAUUCCUCUUCAAAGAAAUACAAAAUCUCUAUGCAAAUGAUCGCAGUGUUACAGAAUCACAUCAAAGUGCUUCACACGUAUGAAAACGUAUCUAAAACCGUCAGCUCAGAGCUGUCACAACUAGAGCAAAAUGCGCAACCAGAAAAGGAGAAUUCGCACCUCAAUCCAUUUCUUUUUCCCCCGUGGAUUCCCGCAGCCAACAGAAUUUCUACUAGAGAUAACAUCCACGUUAGAGCAUUCCUUGAAGUCGAUGAAAUACGUCCAAAUUGUAGUACCCGAAAACAGAACCAGAAUGUUGUAAUAAAAAAGGAGCACUCAGCUGAAGGAACCAGUACAAAAGACAAUACAGAGGUGGAGGUACUACCUGAAAUAGAUGACAACUGUCAAGCUGCCAUUACCAACCAAGAGAAAAUCCGAUUUGACAGUUUUGUUAAUGAGUUGUCUGGGACUGGUGACGCUUCUGACGCAACUGAUGCCAGUAGUGACACAAUCGUAAACAUUAAUUAUGCAGAAAACGCGUUUAAAUCAGAAAAUUAUGAGUCAGAGGGAGCAACCUCCUCUACCAAAGGACAAGAAAUUUCAAUGACUGAAGUUUCAGACGAAGAAACUCCAAAAGCUUCACAAUUCAAACCCAAAAAACGAGUCUCUUUUAAUUUCGAAUCACCUCAGACCGACUGGCGUCCCCAAGCCUCCAAGCUUUUCGAAAAUAGACAGUUGAAGCUAGAUUUGAAGCGAAUAGGUUCGACUGUUCUUCUACUCGACCAUAAGGGAAAACACCAAGACGAAUGUGGAUCUUUCGUUAUUGAGGAGGAUGAUCUAAACGUGGGUCAACGCUGUCUGUUUUCUCAUAUAGAGUCGCCGUCUGAGUUCUACGUGUGCAGGAAUCAAACUUUGUUGGAAAGUUUCGAGGAACACAUUAACGAAAUGUUGAACAAACGCUGGCACAACAUUCUUAACAAAUUUAAGUCGAAAGUAGAGGCGAGGAAGCAGUUGGGGGAUUUCUGUUUCGGGUUUUUGUCGACGACGAGGAAGUGGUACCGAGUUGAAGUCCUAAACUGGAUGCACGAGGAACGUGAAAAAAUUUUCAUCCAGUUGAUCGAUUACGGCGAGAAACUUUUCUAUAGUUACACAAACCUGAAAGGAAUUAACGACUUUUUGUACUCCAUGUUUCCCAAACUGGCAAUCAGGUGUCACCUAGCCGGAAUUUAUUCUCCGCACCCUUUGAAAAUGCUUUGGCCGCAACGAAGCAUCGACUUCUUCGUUAAACUGAGCGAAAUGCACAGACGCACAGAGUUUGAGGUUAUCUUCGUCCACCGGGAAAGGAAGUCAUUCGGUAUCGACUUACGGAAAGCUGCAGACCCAGACGCAGACAGUUUAGGCGAAGAAUUAGUCAGAAAUGGUUACGCUUUUGAGGAACGACUUUCAGAAGAAGACUUUUUGAAAACUCUUAAAGAGAAAGAUUUGGAGGAUUGUGAAAAUAGCUACAUCUCCGAUGACGCAGAAGAAGCAUCUCCCGAAGACAAAGGUGUAGACACAACUAAAAUGGUACUACCUUUUGCUGGAGAAGUUAUAGAAAUUAUAAUCACGGGAUAUAUAUCAGACACUUGCCAUUUCUACGCCCGCAUUCAGCGCAAUUUCUCUAAAAUCGAAAGCUUGAGUGAUACAUUUCUGCUUUUGGUGGAAGCCAUGAACGUGGUCCAGGAAUACCAAGCCUUUACGGUUCUCCCAGGAAUCGGGGAGCUAGUUCUUGUCAAAGAUGAUACCGAGUGGUGUAGAGGACGUUGCGUUAAAUGUGUCAAUGUCGAUGAAGUUGAGGUAUUUUUGGUCGAUUUUGGGUACACGAUUGUCAGACCGCUCGGAGAUCUCCGACGAAUGAAGGAAGCUUUCUUGAAUAUACCGUUUCAAGCAGUUGAAUGCAGGCUGUCCAACUGCAAAGAAAAAAACGACGUUUCGAAGGAUAUUUCGUUGAGUUUUUUUAAUUCUUUGAUGAAAAUGAAAACGUUCAAGGCUUGUGUGGUCAUGUCCACAAGUGACGUAAUGACGUUGGAGAUGUGGGAUACGGAUAAUGUGGAGAUGAGUCGAGUUUUGAAGACUUUUGGUUUGGGAGAAGAUAAAUAAUGCGUUUGUUCCAGGCAGAAUUAUAAUUUC